AUGGCCAGCACAGAGCACACUACCUAUAUAGCAUACACUACCUAUACAGCAUACACAGCCAGCAAAGAGCACACUACCUAUACAGCAUUCACAACCUAUACAGCAUACAUUGCCAGCACAGAGAGCACUGCCUAUACAGCAUACAAUAACUAUACAGAAUACACUGUCAGCACAGAGCACACUACAUAUACAGCAUACGCUGCCAGCACAGCGACACUACCUAUACAGCAUACACUGCCAGUACAGAGCACAUUGCCUAUACAGCAUAAACUACCUAUACAGCAUACACGGCCAGCACAAAGAACACUGCCUAUACAGCAUACACUACCUAUACAGCAUACACUACCUAUACAGCAUACGCUGUCAGCACAGAGCACACUACAUAUACAGCAUACACUGCCAGCACAGCGACACUACCUAUACAGCAUACACUGCCAAUACAGAUCACAUUACCUAUACAGCAUACACUACCUAUACAGCAUACAUUGCCAGCACAGAGCACACUACCUAUACAGCAUUCACAACCUAUACAGCACACAUGGCCAGCACAGAGCACACUACCUAUAUAGCAUACACUACCUAUACAGCAUAUACAGCCAGCAAAGAGCACACUACCUAUACAGCAUUCACAACCUAUACAGCAUACAUUGCCAGCACAAAGAACACUGCCUAUACAGCAUACACUACCUAUACAGCAUACACUGUCAGCACAGAGUACACUACAUAUACAGCAUACACUACCAGCACAGCAACACUACCAAUAUAGUGUACACUGCCAGCACAGAGCACACAACCCAUACAGCAUACACUUCCAGCACAGAGCACACUACCUAUACAGCAUACACUGCCAAUACAGAGCACAUUACCUAUACAGCAUACACUACCUAUACAGCAUACACUGCCAAUACAGAGCACACUACCUAUACAGCGUACACUGCCAGUACAGAGCACAUUACCUAUACAGCAUACACUACCUAUACAGCAUACACUGCCAAUACAGAGCACACUACCUAUACAGCGUACACUGCCAGAACAGAGCACACUACCUAUACAGCAUACACUACCUAUACAGCAUACACUGCCAAUACAAAGCACACUACCUAUACAGCGUACACUGCCAGGACAGAGCACACUACCUAUACAGCAAAUACUACCUAUAAAGCAUACACUGCCAGCACAGAGCACACUACCUAUACAGCAUUCACAACCUAUACAGCAUACAUUGCCAGCACAAAGAACACUGCCUAUACAGCAUACACUACCUAUACAGCAUACACAGCCAGCACAGAGUACACUACAUAUACAGCAUACACUACCAGCACAGCAACACUACCAAUAUAG